UGUUCGACGAUUAUGAAAGUUAUGCUUGAAGAUGACUGCCGAUUCAGACCAACUAUCGAAAAUUACAUUACAAUUGCUUCAUUUUGCAUUAUUUUCUGCUUAUCUGUUGUUGGCAAUGCAGUUGUUAUUAUCGUCAUUCUACAGCAACGUUCAAUGCGAUCAGUCACAAAUAUUUACUUAUUAAAUUUGGCGAUAACAGAUCUGAUGCUAUCUCUCGUUUGUAUGCCACCGACACUUAUUAGUUCGGUAAUUUACUGUUGGAUAUUUGGUGAUCUCUUAUGUAAACUUUUCGCUUAUUUGCAACCAGUCGUGGUGACAGCGUCAGCUUAUACUUUAGCGCUGAUCGCGUUUGAACGAUAUUAUGCCAUAUGUAAGCCACUUCAUUCACGUAUAUGGCAUACUCGUUCGCACGCUUACGUGAUGAUAACUUUAGUAUGGGUAAUUUCUGUACUCGCUAAUUUACUUAUGUUGUUUAUGUUUGAGCAGCAGACUUACAACGUCAAUGGCUUGACUUGCGCGCCAAGACAUCAACCCAUCCUCCAUUUUUACUACCAGAUUUAUAUGACCUCAGUAUUAUUACUGAUUCCUCUUUGCAUAAUGGUUCUUUUGUAUGGAUCAGUAAUUCAUUCUCUCAGAAAUGGCAUGAAAAUGGAUUAUGUUUCUAGUGCCAUAUAUAAUAGUAAGUCUUUAAUUGUUCUUUUGCAUAACUCAGCGAAAAAUGAACGGUCAUUUAUGGCAAAGCAGCGCAUGAUCAAAAUGCUUAUCGUUAUUGUAAUCAUAUUUUUUUGCUGUUGGACACCAAAUUAUAUGUGGUGGUUGUUGUUGACAGCUCAGGAUUCUUUCAAGACUUUUGAUAUUUGGAACUCACAAGUGAACACAGCCAUCACUGUACUGUGCUAUAUCUCAUCAUGUGCCAACCCCAUCACUUACUGCUUUUUAAAUAAAAAAUUUCGUGCUGCCCUUCUGGUAACUUUUGGCUCUAAACGGAAAAACCCGAACCAAUUUCGGACACUCUAUAUGCCUGAAAUGCCCAUGACAGACACACCAACACACACACACAACAUUGAAAAUCAAGUAUUGUAUUAG